CAAACUCAUUCCAGUGCAGUUAUUUGAAAAGGACAGCGCGCAAAAGGGGGUAGGACUACGGAAAAUGCAAAGAAAGUCAACGAAGCCACACAUAACAUAAAUCAAAAUGGGGAAGAAACGAAUACUCGUCAAGCUGAUUGUAACGGCAUUUAUUUACCUGACGCACACCGAAGCCAUGAUCCUGAGAAACAACGCGCUUAUGAAUAAAAUGGUGUCACAUUUCCAGAAGGACAACUAUCUCUCUCUAGAGCAGAAGAAACAGAAAGAGGUGGAUGAGUCGGAAGCCCCGCAGAAACCAGAGAAAGUAAUGUCGCUCAUGCAAAACGUCCUCUGCAGAAACUUCCCGACGAUCCCCUGCAACAUAAUCACGGAAGACGAAACCUUGAGGAAAUUAAUAGAAAAGUCAAUCCAACAAAUAAAGUACAAGACCCUCACGAUAGACAAAACCACCGCUGCACCAGGCUACCACCUGACGUUGUUCCCGACGAUAAACAGCGAGGACUUGUCCAAUUUCCUUCAAGUUCGCACCCCGUCGCACAAGGGGUUUUACGAAAAACGAAACGUUAAAGAAGAAGUGAUGCACAAAACUAAAAAACAGAAGAAGGCAACCGUCAACAAUUACUGGUCACAGGAGAAGCCACAGAAGAGUUCGAAGAAGAACAAGAAGGAGUCCAAAAGAACUACCGUAUACAAUGGUAGAAAGAAGCUUCGCAAAUUCUAUCCUCACAAGAUAAAAUACAAAGACAAAAGUAACAAGAAUACACGAAAAGACUUUGGUGAUUAUUCGGAGGAGAAGCUGUCUAUGUCAGUUGAGAUUCCGGAUAUGACCAUGACGAAAAGACACCAGCACUUGACUUACAAGGUGGAGCCAGCAGACCCCCCGGUGUGGCGCAUAGACUACAUGAAACACGGGGAGCCAAGCUUGAAUAACAUGUUGGGUUAUGAAGAUAAUAGGCUGAAAGGGAAGCUUAUGAAGGCUGGACCCAGUGUCAUUGUCGACGAGAACGUUUUGGAACAAGGGGCAAGGAAGGACGUCAUGCAUCCGGACGUCUACAUAAAAAAGAACUACGUAAGGAAAAAUCCCGCUGAUUUGAAUAACUCCGAAGUUAUGGAAUAGCUAGCUUUUAAGUUUAUAUUAAAUAUUAUAUUUUAAUUUUACAUCUAUUUUUUACUUUAAGCAUUCACGUUUCUGAGGAAGUGCAA